AUGAAGAGCCGCAUUUUAAUAGCCUCGCUUCUGGGGUCAGUCGGUAUCGUUGUAGCGGCUGGUUAUGGCCAAGUUGAGACAGAUAUAUGGUGUAUUACCUAUGAAUCUACCUACCUGGUACCGGUUUUCAAUCAGGGUUCAUUAUCGUCGACGAAGGAUUCUGGAAGACUUCCCAUUCCAAUCUCACCAUCCUUACGACCUACAUUUGCAAACAACACGUCGAACCCUACUCGGAGCGCUCUUAGUAAGACAUUCUUGCAGGCUGAUUCCUUAGCUUGUAUUAACAUCACAACAGGUACAGAUCUCGUGGAUUCGGAUACUUCACUCAUUGAUUCGCAAUCGGUUGCGGCUGCUGUGUCUACAAGUUUGGAUGUUGCACCGACGGAGGCACAAUUCGGCCCAACAACUGAGAAUCUUACCGACGAAGGUAUUACUUCUUUGAUAGCCCUAGAUUCAACUGCCACUACAGAUACUAUCCCAACGACAAGCCUUGCGGCAGCCGAACGAUCCGUUAUCUUCCAGAUUGUGGUCCCUGAUAACAACAAGCGCGACAUCAACAGAAGAUCGACAAGAGCGGGCUUCGUAGGGAACGAUAACCCCAAAACCUGUACAUUUGCUUCUACCUUUGUUCUUAGUCAAGGUCAGGUCGUCGACAAUGGUAGGGUUAUUUUCUACUCAGGCGAGAGUUAUAAGGAGCUGGCUGGAGGGGAUCUUGCGCCCCCCGGCUCUGUAACAGAAACCUUUGAAGAUGCCGGCCAGCUUGUUUUUAGGAAUACGGCUUUGCCCAACGGCGAAGCGGGUUUCUGCCAGACAUCUGACGGCAGGGUUUAUAUGACAUUUUCUGGUGAACCCGCUGGCUGUAUGCAAGUCACCCUGGCUGUUUAUGAUGUUGCGCAAUGUCAAAAUGGACAGCUCUUGGGCGAUACCUUCACUUCGACUGCCCCUAUUGGGGAGUCCUCUGAGACAACCGUAUCUCAAGAGAACAAUUCCGAGGUUACGGCCAUCACUGGACAUGCAACGGCAUCCAGUUCUGGAGCCUUACUUGAGUCGAUCAGUUCAGAAGAGUCUACCAACGCGGUCAAGUCAACGGCUUCACUCAGCUCUGCCAUUACAACCGCAACCCUUCCAGAAUUCCAUCCCACGCAGUCUUCUAUUUUAUCUGAGGACAAAAGUACCGAUGAACCUCCAUCCAGUAGACAGACCGUGUUCACUGAUUCGGAAGAUUCGACUUCGUCUGGGAAUAUUUCUACUGGCUCAACCACUACUGUUAGUGAAGAGGAGACAACUUCGAAUGCGUCGGAAAGGACGCCAGAGACUACAAAUGACAUUCAAACCUCAUCUAUGGAGAGUACUACUACUACCGAUAUGGAAACGACAGCUACAGAGGCUACUGUCAAUUCCGACACUGUGACAGUAUCUGAUACCAUCACCACCACUAAAGCUGGAAGCACGGCAACAGAGAUCACUACAGCUCUUGCCACAACAACCAGCAGCGCUGCAAAACCCUGUUCUGAUCUCAAGAGUCCGUACAUAGCCAUCAGUGGAGACCCUUUCACAAUUGCUUGCGGGAAAUGCUACUUCGCCAUUUCGGCAAUCAUUGCUCCUUUCACAGCUGAGAGCUUUACUUCUUGCAUAGACGCAUGCUCUCUGGAGAGCGAAUGUGAAGCUGUCGACUAUCUGAGAACUCAAAAAGUCUGUUAUCUUUUUGCAUUCGACGAUAGAACCACACUUGGGGACCAACCUAGGUAUGAUCUUGCAUAUAAACCGGGUACUGAGCCAGUGCCUACCUAA